AUGUCUGCCAAAGCUCAAAACUCUAUGCGUGAAUUGAAGAUCGAAAAGUUGGUCUUGAACAUUUCUGUUGGUGAAUCUGGUGAUAGAUUAACCAGAGCUUCUAAGGUUUUAGAACAAUUAAGUGGUCAAACUCCAGUUCAAUCUAAGGCUAGAUACACUGUCAGAACUUUUGGUAUCAGAAGAAACGAAAAGAUUGCAGUUCAUGUUACCAUUAGAGGUCCAAAGGCUGAAGAAAUUUUGGAAAGAGGUUUGAAAGUUAAGGAAUAUCAAUUGAGAAACAAGAACUUUUCUGCCACUGGUAACUUUGGGUUUGGUAUUCAAGAACACAUUGAUUUAGGUAUUAAAUAUGAUCCAAAUAUUGGUAUCUACGGUAUGGAUUUCUACGUUGUUGUAGGUAGACCAGGUUUCAGAGUUGCCAGAAGAAAGAGAUGUCAUUCUACUGUUGGUAACAGCCACAAAGUUACUAAGGAAGAUUCUAUUCAAUGGUUCAAACAAAGAUACGAUGCUGAAGUUUUAUACAAAUAA